AACCCAGAGAAAAGCAGAGCACAGCACAGAACCUAAACAAACAUGCCGAGAUUGGUCAGCAUGAUCGCAUCCCUCACGGUGCUCACGCUCUUGUUGCUCCCAUUCAUGGCGGCGGCGGCGGCUGAGCUGGACUAUAAGAAGGCGCUCCACAGCAGCCUGCUCUACUUCGAGGCGCAGCGGUCGGGCCACCUGCCGUACAACCAGCGCGUGCACUGGCGCGGCCACUCGGGCCUGGCCGACGGGCUUCAGCAAGGCGUGGACCUUGUGGGCGGCUACUACGACGCCGGCGACAACGUCAAGUUCGGGCUCCCCAUGGCGUUUACGGUGACCAUGCUGUCCUGGAGCGCCAUGGAGUUCGCGGACGACAUCGCGAGCGCCGGGGCCGACGGCGAGGAGUGGCGGCACGUCCUGGAGGCCAUCAAGUGGGGCACGGACUACUUCAUCAAGGCCCACACGGCCCCUGACGAGCUGUGGGCCGAGGUGGGCGACGGCGACACGGACCACUACUGCUGGCAGCGGCCCGAGGACAUGACCACGUCCCGGCAGGCCUACAAGGUGGACCGCGACAACCCCGGGUCGGACCUCGUGGGCGAGACCGCCGCCGCGCUCGCCGCGGCGUCCAUGGUGUUCCGCCGCACGAACCGGCACUACGCGCAGGUGCUCCUCCACCACGCCCGGCAGCUGUUCGAGUUCGGGGACACGCACAGGGGCAAGUACGACAGCAGCAUCGCCGAGGUGGAGAGCUACUACGCGUCCGUGAGCGGGUACGGGGACGAGAUGCUGUGGGCCGCGCUCUGGCUGCACCGGGCCACGGGCCAGGCCCGGUACCUGGACUACGCCGUGGAGAAGGCGGAGGAGUUCGGGGGCACCACGUGGGCCAUCGACGAGUUCAGCUGGGACGUCAAGUACGCCGGCCUCCAGAUCCUAGCCGCCAAGGUGCUCAUGGAAGGGAACCACCGGCCCGAGCAGAAGGCCACGCUGGAGACGUAUAAAUCCAAGGCGGAGCACUAUCUCUGUGCCUGCCUGGGCAAGAAUGGAGAAGCCGGCAAUGUCAACCGCACGGCAGGGGGAAUGCUCUUCGUCAGGCAGUGGAACAACAUGCAGUAUGUGACCAACGCGGCAUUCCUCAGCACCGUCUACUCCCGGUACCUCACGGCAGACCAGAACCAGAACCAGAACCAGAUGAUGCGGUGCCCGGAUGGGCCGGCGCGGGCCGAGGAGCUGCGGGGCCUUGCCAAGGCCCAGACGGACUACGUCCUGGGCGACAACCCGGCCGGGGUCAGCUACAUGGUCGGGUACGGGCGGCGGUUCCCGCGGCGGGUGCACCACCGGGGCGCGUCCAUCGUGUCCCACCGCGGCGACGCGCGGUUCAUCGGGUGCGUCCAAGGGUACGACGGCUGGUUCAGGCGCAAGGGCGCGAACCCGAACGUGGUCGUGGGCGCCAUUGUCGGCGGGCCGGACGGCCGGGACCGGUUCAGGGACAGCCGCGACAACUACAUGCAGACGGAGGCGUGCACGUACAACACCGCGCCCAUGGUCGGCCUCUUCGCGCACCUGCACAGCCAGACGGCGGGCUCCAGGAGGAAAUAAGUUGAUUAAUUGGUUGGUUUUAGGAAGGGUUUUUGGUUGGUUUUGUUUGCCAUUUGGAGCGUUUCGUAUGUACUAGUACUCUCGUAGGCAGGUUUUUAGAGAG